AUAGUCUAUAUUAUUUGCUCUUUCCAUUACAUAUAUUCUCCAUCUUCUUUGUAACUUCUUGCUUCAUUUUUGUAUAUAUCUGAAACUUCAUCCCAUUGUUGUCACCGGCGAAUAUUUCUGUUUCUUUAAUGCAGCUGUAUUUAUGGUGAUUUGAUUAUAUAUAUCUUCAAGAUUUGCAAAAGGGUAUUCAAAAAUAGCAAAAACGAAGGGUCUUGUGGAAGCCAUUUUGAGUAUUUGGAGACGGGUUUAACUCAGUUGCUGCUAUUUUUGAUAUCCAUUUUGAGGUAUGAUUUCUUGAAAAGAGAAGAAAGUAGAAGAGAGUGCAGGAGAAGGAUGUUGACGUGUAUCACGUGUAAGCAAAAGAUAGAAGAUGAUGGAGGUGAAGAAGGACCUCGUGGCCGUGCUACUCCCAAUACUAAAGAAUCCAUUAAAAGCCUCACUGCACAGAUCAAGGAUAUUGCUUUAAAGGUCUCUUGUGCUUAUAAAUGCAAGUCUAGCACACCAACAAGUACUUACAGGAAAGGGCAUAGACCAUAUCCUGAUUUUGAUUCAAUAUCAGAAGGAGUUCCAUAUCCUUAUCAACCAGCAAGUUCAAGUUCUACUCCAGCUUGGGAUUUUACAAGUGCUGGAAAUUUAAGGACUCCUAGGCCUGAUCCAAGAUUUGCUAGAGGAUUUAGUGGUGCUGGUGGUGGUGUAGAAUCUAUUUCUCAGUCUGGUAGUGAUGUUGUGGUGGAAGAUGAUGGGCAAAAAGAGUGGACAGCACAGGUUGAGCCUGGUGUUCAGAUCACUUUUGUUUCUCUCCCUAAUGGCGGAAAUGAUCUUAAACGAAUCCGAUUUAGUCGGGACAUGUUCAACAAAUGGCAAGCUCAAAGAUGGUGGGGUGAGAAUUAUGACCGAAUUAUGGAGCUUUAUAACGUUCAGAGAUUCAAUAAACAAGCUCUUAACACACCUGGAAGGUCUGAGGAUGGAAGAGAUUCUAAUUAUUCGAGGCUUGGAUCGGCGAUGGAGAGCCCUAUGAUGACUCCUGCAACAAAUAAGGACUGGAAUCCAAGCAAUUACCAUAAACCAUCUGGACCAACUGGUUUCCCAAAGGGUGACAUGUCAUACAUGGACGCGUCAAGGACAACCACUGACUCUAGAGAUGAAGCUUCACUUUCUGUUAGUAAUGCCAGUGAAAUGGAGUCGGAAUGGGUAGAACAAGACGAGCCUGGAGUGUAUAUAACCAUCAGACAACUAGUUGAUGGCACUAGAGAGCUACGGCGUGUUAGAUUCAGUCGAGAGAAGUUCGGGGAGGUGCAUGCGAAACAGUGGUGGGAACAGAACAGAGAGAGAAUACAAACUCAAUACCUUUAAAUCAACAAAUUUCUAUCCACAGAACAGAAGAAUUAUUCCAUGGAAAAGGAACAAUUUUGCCUCUUGAGUUUGAUGAAGCUGAAACAGAGAUCAUUACAAGAUACUUGUAGUUGAAGUAUUUUCAUAGUAGUUCUGAUGGAAUGGCUCCACUCUGCAGAACAAACUCACGUUGACCAAUUUAGCAUUUUUCAUGGCAUUUCUUGAUCUCUAGUUAUACAUGAUCUUGCAAAUUCUCUCAUGAAUAUCCUUUUCUUUAAAGGUUUCAAGUUGUUUUCCUUGUAACUAAUCUUUCUAGAAAAUUUAAUUGAACCAAAUGCUAGAUGAUGCAAAACAUUGUUUUACUCACUACGUUGUCAA